GUUUCAGCCUCUCUCUUACUUGAGUUUUCAAAACCCUAAACGGACCUAAACCUUGCGAGGUCCCAACACUCCCCACUUCACCGUCCUCCCAAAACCCUAGCUUUUUCCGGCAGCUCCAAAUUUCCAUGCCAUGUACCUCUACAGCCUCACUCUCCAGCGCGCCACCGGCAUAGUCUGCGCCAUCAACGGCAACUUCUCCGGCGGCAAGGCCCAGGAGAUCGUAGUCGCCCGCGGCAAAGUUCUCGACCUUCUCCGCCCCGACGAAAAUGGUAAGAUCCAGACUCUCCUCUCUGUUGAAAUUUUCGGCGCAAUUAGGUCGUUAGCUCAGUUUAGGCUCACUGGGUCUCAGAAGGACUAUAUUGUUGUCGGGUCCGAUUCGGGUCGGAUUGUGAUUCUUGAGUAUAAUAAGGAGAAGAAUGUGUUUGAUAAGAUUCACCAGGAGACUUUCGGGAAAUCGGGUUGUCGGAGGAUAGUUCCGGGUCAGUAUUUGGCUAUUGAUCCUAAGGGUAGGGCUGUUAUGGUUGGGGCAUGUGAGAAGCAGAAGCUUGUUUACGUUUUGAAUAGGGAUACUUCUGCUAGGUUGACAAUUUCGUCGCCCUUGGAGGCGCACAAGUCGCAUACAAUUGUGUAUUCGAUUUGUGGGGUUGAUUGUGGGUUUGAUAAUCCCAUGUUUGCUGCCAUUGAGUUGGAUUAUGCGGAAGCUGAUCAGGACUCUACUGGGCAGGCGGCGAACGAGGCGCAGAAGCAUUUGACUUUCUAUGAGCUUGAUCUUGGGCUCAAUCAUGUAUCGAGGAAGUGGUCGGAUCAGGUUGAUAAUGGUGCAAAUAUGCUGGUCACGGUUCCUGGAGGUGGGGAUGGUCCAAGCGGUGUAUUGGUCUGUGCGGAGAAUUUUGUGAUUUAUAAGAACCAGGAUAAACCGGAUCUCAGGGCUGUGAUUCCUAGGCGUGUGGAUUUGCCUGCAGAGCGUGGGGUUCUUAUAGUUUCAGCAGCUAUGCACAAGCAGAAGUCAAUGUUCUUUUUUCUUUUGCAGACAGAGUAUGGAGAUAUAUUUAAGGUUACUCUGGAUCAUGAUAACGAUAAGGUCUCAGAAUUAAAAAUCAAGUAUUUUGAUACAAUUCCAGUUACAACUUCAAUGUGUGUGUUAAAAUCUGGGUUUUUGUUUGCUGCGUCAGAGUUUGGGAAUCACUCUUUGUACCAGUUCCAGGCAAUAGGAGAAGAGCCUGACGUGGAGUCUUCAUCAGCUACAUUGAUGGAAACGGAAGAAGGUUUCCAGCCUUUGUUUUUCCAGCCCAGAAAACUUAAGAACCUUGUUAGGAUUGAUCAAGUUGAGAGCUUGAUGCCGAUAAUGGAUAUGAAGGUCAAUAAUCUAUUUGAGGAAGAAACACCUCAAAUAUUUACACUUUGUGGGCGGGGUCCUCGUUCAUCCCUCAGGAUAUUAAGACCUGGUUUAGCUAUCAGUGAGAUGGCUGUGUCAGAGCUUCCUGGUGUACCGAGUGCGGUCUGGACUGUGAAGAAGAAUGUGUCUGAUGAAUUUGAUGCAUACAUUGUGGUGUCAUUUGCAAAUGCUACUCUUGUGCUUUCAAUUGGUGAGACAGUUGAAGAAGUUAGUGACAGUGGGUUUCUUGACACUACCCCAUCACUUGCAGUUUCUUUGAUAGGUGAUGAUUCUCUAAUGCAAGUGCACCCAAAUGGAAUUAGGCAUAUUAGGGAAGAUGGACGUAUUAAUGAAUGGAGAACUCCUGGAAAGAGGACGAUUGUAAAGGUUGGCUCUAAUAGACUUCAAGUAGUUAUUGCACUGAGCGGAGGAGAACUUAUAUAUUUUGAGGUUGAUAUGACGGGUCAGUUAAUGGAGGUGGAGAAGCAUGAAAUGUCUGGAGAUGUAGCUUGUCUAGACAUUUCCCCGGUACCUGAAGGGAGACAGAGAUCUCGUUUCCUUGCAGUUGGUUCAUAUGACAGCGUCAUUCGUAUUUUGUCAUUGGAUCCUGAUGACUGUAUGCAAAUUCUUAGUGUGCAAAGUCUUUCUGGAGUUCCAGAAUCUCUCCUCUUUCUUGAGGUUCAGGCCUCAAUUGGUGGGGAGGAUGGUGCUGAUCAUCCUGCUAACCUUUUCCUUAAUGCUGGCUUACGCUCUGGGAUUUUAUUCAGAACUGUGGUGGAUAUGGUCACAGGUCAGCUCUCUGAUUCCCGUUCUCGAUUCUUGGGACUAAGAGCACCAAAGCUAUUUUCUAUUAGUGUGAGAGGCAAGCAUGCUAUGCUUUGCUUGUCAAGUCGGCCCUGGCUUGGUUAUAUCCAUCAAGGACAUUUUCUCUUAACACCACUAUCGUAUGAGACCCUUGAAUAUGCUGCCUCAUUUUCAUCCGAUCAAUGUUCGGAAGGUGUAGUUUCUGUUGCUGGAAAUGCUUUGAGGGUAUUUACUAUUGAAAGAUUGGGAGAAACAUUUAAUGAAACUGUGAUUCCACUGAGGUAUACCCCUAGAAAGUUUAUUGUUCAACUCAAACGAAAGCUUUUGGUAAUUAUUGAAAGUGAUCAAGGAGCAUUCACAGCAGAAGAGCGUGAAGCUGCAAAAAAGGAGUGUUUUGAGGCUGUGGGUUUAGGUGAAAAUGGAAAUGGUAAUGUAGAGCAGAUGGAAAAUGGUGGCGAUGAGGAGGAUCCCUUAUCUGAUGAGCACUAUGGGUAUCCUAAGGCAGAGUCUGACAAGUGGGUGUCUUGCAUUAGAGUUCUUGACCCCAAGACAGCAACUACAACAUGUCUGCUGGAGCUUCAGGAUAGUGAAGCUGCAUUCAGUAUUUGUACAGUGAAUUUCCAUGACAAGGAGUAUGGUACACUUUUAGCUGUUGGCACAGCGAAAGGACUGCAGUUUUGGCCAAAAAAGAGUGUAACAGCAGGCUAUAUUCACAUAUAUAGAUUUAUAGAUGAUGGCAAGUCCCUCGAACUUUUGCACAAGACACAAGUGGAUGGUGUUCCUCUUGCCUUGUGCCAGUUUCAAGGAAGGUUACUAGCUGGGAUUGGACCAGUGCUCAGACUCUAUGAUUUGGGGAAGAAAAGGUUGCUCAGGAAGUGUGAGAAUAAGCUGUUUCCCAGCACAAUUGUAUCAAUCCAGACCUAUCGCGAUCGGAUUUAUGUAGGUGACAUUCAAGAGUCAUUCCACUACUGCAAGUAUAGGCGGGAUGAGAAUCAGUUGUACAUCUUUGCUGAUGAUUGUGUACCAAGAUGGCUUACAGCAUCCUUCCAUAUAGAUUUUGACACCAUGGCAGGUGCGGACAAGUUUGGGAAUGUCUAUUUUGUGCGGUUACCACAGGAUGUUUCAGAUGAGAUAGAAGAAGAUCCAACGGGUGGGAGGAUAAAAUGGGAGCAGGGAAGGUUGAAUGGCGCUCCCAACAAAGUAGAGGAGAUAGUGCAGUAUCAUGUUGGUGAUGUCGUCAGCUGCUUGCAGAAGGCAUCUCUAAUUCCAGGUGGUGGGGAGUGCAUCAUCUAUGGAACAGUGAUGGGUAGCUUGGGUUCAUUACUUGCGUUCACCUCCCGUGAUGACGUUGACUUCUUUUCUCACUUGGAGAUGUAUAUGAGGCAGGAGCAUCCACCUUUGUGUGGUAGAGAUCACAUGGCUUAUAGAUCAGCAUAUUUCCCAGUCAAGGAUGUGAUUGAUGGAGAUCUGUGUGAGCAGUUCCCAACAUUGCCCAUGGAUCUGCAGAGAAAAAUUGCGGAUGAGUUGGAUAGAACUCCUGGAGAGAUACUGAAGAAACUCGAGGAAAUUCGAAACAAGAUCAUUUAAGAACAAGCUCAAAAGUUCCUUCCUGGUUUUACCACACCAUUUGGUUUUAGCAUGCAUUCAUCUCAUAACAUCACUGUGUUGGUCAAAAGGUUGGAAGUGGAUGAAUACACGAUACAACUUAGAAUUUUGUUCAUCUGUAGUUUAUCGCAGUGUCAUUUUGCUGGGAUCGAUGAUGACUGUAGUUACACUAACAGGGCAAGCAUGCUUGCGAUUUUCUUUUCCUGACGUUGCUGGAGUGAGCGAAUGUUUCUGUUUCGAUAAAAUUGAGACGCAGAUGGUUGAGACUUGAGACUAAAUCGAAGUGUAUCGGAAGAAGCAGCAUGCAUCUUUGCACCUUUUAGACCGCGUUACCUGUUGUUGUAAUUAGUAAUUAUAGAUUAAUGUUUCCCCCUUUUUGUGGUUCAUCCUCUGUUGAACAAUGUUAGCAAGAUAUGUAUUUUUCUCUGUAACCCUCUAUGAAAUCUUGCACUGAAUUAUGUAUGGUUGGUUUUUUUUUUUUUGUUUGCUCCAUAUGUUUAUGGUUUUGGAAUUCAUCUA